UCUCAUCUUUUCUUCUCUUCUUCGUCUAUUUUCUUCUUUAUUUCUUGAGGGUCGUAACAAACUGGUAUCAUAGCCUAUAUUCUUGGCCACUAGCUAUCUGUUAUGCCAAAAAGAAAUCAACCUCUCAUGGAAACCCUUGAUUUUUUGGCAAUACAAAAACAGAUUGAGGAUUUGACGCAGUUAGUGAAGAGCUCAACCGAUGACACCAAACCUCCCAAGUGGUGGGAGAAUCAAGAACAGCGCAUCAGUUCGUUGGAGUCUAGGAUGAACACUAAUCAAGGGUACGUUGAGCAAAUUUUGAGUAUUUUAAUCAGUGAAAAUGAUGGGCAGGAAACUAAAAGCCCAGAUCAUAAACAAGAAAAGACAUCGAAACCUUCUAAGGGAGAUGUUAUCUCUACACAAAGUGUGUAUGGGAUUUCAUCUUCAAGCAAGUUUUUUCAAAUUUCUAGAAGAGUCCACAAAGUGCUGAAGGACUUUAGAAGGGAAUUCAUAGACCAGGAGUUAUUUAAGCAGGGUCUUCAAGAUUGGGUUUUGGAAACCUAUGGUGUGGAUGAUGUCACAGGGAAGCAGCCCCUUUUAAAUUCUCCAUUUCUGAUUGAUGAACUGCACAAGCUUGAUCUAGCAUUCGAAGGGGUUUUAUUUCAGCAACUAUUACCAUGUUCUCCUUUUGCUUCUAAAGGUUUGAAGGAAGAUAGGUAUCUUGCUUUGGAAGACUUUCUUCAUGUUAUUGUAAAUGAUUUCAUAACUCACAACUCUGGUGAAGCAAGCAACGGAUGGCACAAAACCUCUUCAAUGGUGGAAGGAGCAGGAACGUCGAUUGAGUACAUUGAAAUCUAUAAUGGAAACGAAUUAGAAGUAUGUGGAAAUGAUUUUACAGAUUUUGGCUGAUAAAAAGUGUGAGCAAAAAUAUGAUAAUUCUCAUGUGUUCGAUAAAAUGCUUGUGAGAGUAAAAGAUGUUGAAUUUCAAUCAAUCAAUAACACCAUUUUCCAGCUUCAUCAAAAUGUUAAAAUGGCGAGAUCUUCGCAGUUGUUCUCAUU